AUGAGGGUGCAGCCAUUCCUACGAGCGCAAUCGCUCGCCGCAAGCAGUCUUCGCAGCUCUGCUCGAUCGAUAGCCCGAGCCCCUACGCGAUGUGCUCUCUCCACCAUUGCGGCGUCGCGCACACCGUAUACCAAUGGUACAAAGACAGACACAUGGAUAAGGAGUCAGACAAGAAACCAGCAAACGAGAUGGCAGUCUUCUGCUGCGCAGGUACUCGAGCAAGCAAAAGAAGACCCCUCUGCAUUAACGCAAGAGAAGAUUGUAGAAGGCCUCAAUCCCGUCGAGUGGGAGCGGUUAUCGAGAGUACGUAACAUUGGUAUCGCAGCGCACAUCGACUCCGGCAAGACGACCGCCACCGAACGCGUACUCUUCUACACUGGCCGUAUCAAUAGCAUUCAUGAAGUACGAGGCAAAGACGCCGUUGGCGCAAAGAUGGACUCGAUGGACCUUGAGCGUGAGAAGGGCAUCACCAUUCAGUCUGCGGCCACCUUUUGCGACUGGGUUAAGAAGAACGAUAAAGGAGAGGACGAGACAUACCACAUCAACCUGAUUGACACACCUGGCCAUAUCGACUUUACAAUCGAGGUAGAGAGGGCGCUGCGAGUGCUUGACGGUGCGGUCAUGAUUCUCUGCGCCGUGAGCGGCGUGCAGAGUCAGACAAUCACAGUCGAUAGGCAGAUGAGGAGAUACAACAUCCCUAGGAUAUCCUUCGUCAACAAGAUGGACCGCAUGGGUGCCAACCCUUGGAAAGCAGUCGAGCAAAUCAACCAGAAGCUCCGGAUACCAGCUGCGUCGCUCCAGGUGCCAAUAGGACGUGAAGAUGGCUUCCUAGGUGUGGUCGACCUGGUCAGGAUGAAAGCCAUCUACAACGAGGGUCCGAAGGGGGAGACCAUUCGGGAAACGGAUGAGAUUCCGGCAGACAUUGUAGACCUGUGCAAUGAAAAGAGGCAGAAGCUCAUCGAGACACUUGCGGAUGUUGAUGACGAGAUGGCAGAAAUGUUCUUGGACGAACAAGAACCGUCCAUUGACCAGAUCAAAGCCGCCAUCCGACGGGCAACUAUUGCUCUAAAGUUCACACCUGUCAUGAUGGGCUCUGCGCUUGCAGACAAGUCUGUUCAACCGAUGCUCGACGCCGUCUGCGACUACCUCCCGAAUCCCUCCGAAGUCGAGAACAUGGCGCUGGACAAGAAGCGAAAGGAAGCUCCCGUCAAGCUGGUCUCAUACAACUCUCUGCCAUUUGUAGGCCUGGCCUUCAAGCUGGAAGAAAGCACCUUCGGCCAAUUGACAUAUAUUCGUGUGUACCAAGGUACAUUGAAGAAGGGCAUGAACGUGUUCAACGCAAGGUCAGACAAGAAGGUUAGGAUACCGAAGAUUGUGCGCAUGCACUCCAACGACAUGGAGGAAGUACCAGAGAUUGGCGCUGGAGAAAUCUGUGCUGUGUUUGGCGUCGACUGCGCGUCUGGGGACACCUUUACCGAUGGCGCUCUCGGAUACACUAUGACCUCCAUGUUCGUCCCCGAGCCCGUCAUCUCCCUCUCGAUCAAGCCCAAGCAUACCAAGGACACGCCCAACUUCAGUAAAGCCAUGAACCGCUUUAUGCGCGAAGAUCCUACCUUCCGAGUGCAUGUCGACGCCGAAUCGCAGGAGACGGUUAUUUCCGGUAUGGGAGAACUGCAUCUCGACAUCUACGUUGAGCGCAUGCGUCGCGAAUACCGCGUAGAGUGCGAGACAGGCCAACCCCAAGUCGCAUACCGAGAAACCAUGACCAAGCGCGUCAACUUCGACCACACGCUCAAGAAACAAAGCGGUGGUUCCGGAGACUACGCGCGUGUUGUGGGAUGGAUGGAGCCCAGCGAAGCACUCACCGAGAACAAGUUCGAGCAGCAAAUUUCCGGUGGUACGAUCUCGGAGAAGUUCUUAUUUGCUUGCGAAAAGGGCUUCAUGGCAUCCACCGCCAAGGGUCCUCUCCUUGGUCACAAGGUCCUUGGAGCAUCGAUGGUCAUCAACGACGGUGCGACGCACGCCGUCGACUCCUCCGAAAUGGCUUUCAAGAUGGCGACGCAACAAGCUUUCCGCAAGGCCUUCCAAGCUGGUGCGCCCCAGGUUCUCGAACCCCUCAUGAAGACUACCAUUACCGCGCCCAAUGAGUUCCAGGGCUCAGUCGUCGGAAUUCUGAACAAGAGAAACGCCGUCAUCAAUGAUACUGAAAUCGGCCCGGAAGACUUCACCGUCUACGCAGAUUGUAGUUUGAACAGCAUGUUUGGUUUCAGCAGUCUGCUGCGCGCUAGUACACAGGGUAAGGGCGAGUUCAGCAUGGAGUUCAGCCACUACAGUCCUGCACCACCGCAGCUCCAGAAGGAAUUGGUUGCCAAGUACGAGAAGGAGCAGAAGGACAGGAACGCGUAA